CCACGCUCGCAGCUGCUCAUGUCUCCGGCCAGAAAGCGGCUCAUGACUCAGUGUUCCUCCCCAGAACUGCCCUACCUCGGAAACCUACCGUCUUUUUUUUUUCUUUUAAUAUAUAUUUACGGAACUCUGUCCUUACGUAAGACGCCAGGAACGGGAAGUUACUGUGGAUAUUUUUUUUACCACCGAGGAAACGAUACGACAAAAAAAAACGAUUAAAAAAAAAGCCCACUAAAAUUUUUGGAUUACAAGAUGCCUUCGGCGUUGGAUUUAUGGUGAAAAAAAAAAAACCUGACUGUGACGUCCAGGUAUGCAGACGCUCCCCUGCAGACACAAAGGAACUCGCUUCACUUUUUGGACGACAGCGAGCUGACGUCUUCCCUCGUUGGGGGCCAUGAAUGCUGCCGUUUAUUCGGCGUGAUUUCCCGCUUGUGUGUGUGAGUAUCCCCCCCCUUCUUCUCUCUCCCAUGCAUAGCCUGUGCCGGGUGAAGAUGCAGGUCCGGACGGUGCUGGACGUCAAAGUGGUGGACGUGGAGAAGAGGCGCAGUCCGUCCAAACACUACGUAUAUCUGAUCAAUGUCACCUACUCUGACAAUACCUCCCACGUAAUAUACAGAAGAUACAGCAAAUUCUUUGACCUACAGAUGCAGAUACUUGACAAGUUUCCAAUUGAGGGAGGACAAAAAGACCCAAAGAAGAGGAUUAUCCCCUUUCUCCCAGGCAAAAUUCUGUUCCGGAGGAGUCAUGUGCGAGACGUGGCCAUGAAGCGACUGCGGUUUAUUGACGACUACUGCAGGGCACUAGUGCGACUGCCCCCCCAAAUCUCACAGAGUGAAGAGGUGCUGCGCUUCUUUGAGACAAAAGCGGAGGACAUCAACCCCCCUGCGGAGGACUAUGGCUCGAAGCGCAAGUCAGUAUGGAUGUACGGCAUUACAGACAGCCCGAGGAAAGAGGCCUCAGGGAUUGACAGCUUGGAACCUAUGGUGCUGGAGCAGUACGUGGCUGUGGCAAACUAUGAGCGGCAGGAGAACUCUGAGAUCAGCCUCAAGGCCGGUGAGACGGUGGACGUGAUUGAAAAGAGCGAAAGUGGGUGGUGGUUUGUCAGCACAUCGGAGGAGCAGGGAUGGGUGCCUGCCACAUACCUCGACUCCCAAAGCGGAACCAGGGACGACUCGGAUCUAGGAACUUCCAGGACAGGAGAGGUGACUAAAAGACGCAAGGCUCAUCUGAAGAGGCUAGACCGCCGCUGGACCCUUGGGGGUAUUGUCAACCGCCAACAGAGCAGAGAGGAGAAAUACGUAACGGUGCAGCCGUACAGCAGCCAAGGGAAGGAUGAGGUCAGCUUCGAAAAAGGGGUCACAGUGGAGGUGAUCCAGAAGAAUCUGGAAGGCUGGUGGUACAUCAGAUAUUUAGGGAGCGAGGGGUGGGCCCCUGCCUCCUAUUUGAAGAAGCUGAAAGAAGACUUCAGUCCUCGCAAGAAGACCCUGUCUGGCCCCGUGGAGAUCAUUGGCAACAUCAUGGAGAUAAGUAAUCUUUUGCAAAAGAAGUCCGUCAGCGAGAAGGACAUCCAGACAGACGGAGAAGGGAGCGUCACGCCGGAACGCCACAUCUGCAAGAGCGAGAUCAGCCUGCCUAUGCCCUUUAGCUCAGAGAUUAAUGCUGAGACGGGAAGGAGGCUAAGCGCGGGCCGCGAUACCAACAGCCCGUGUCUGGGGAUAGCGGCCAGCACUGCCCGGAUGGAAGCCAAAUCGAGGGGCGAAGCCGGGUCGCCAGCUGUUGCCAGAGUCGCGCCACAGAGAGUUGAGAUUGGGUCUCCAAAUCUGAGACAAAAACCUCCUCCAAGAAGAGAGAACAAUUUGGGGUUCCAGUUACCUAAACCACCAGAGCCCCCUGCUGUGGAAGCGGAGUAUUACACCAUUGCAGAUUUCCAGUCUUCCAUUUCUGAUGGCAUCAGCUUUCAUGGAGGACAAAAGGCUGACGUGAUAGAGAAGAACCCUGGGGGUUGGUGGUAUGUGCAAAUUGGCGAAAUGGAAGGCUGGGCCCCUUGCUCCUACAUCGACAAACGCAAGAAACCCAACAUCAGCCGUCGAACCAGCACCCUAACCCGACCCAAGGUUCCACCCCCCGCCCCGCCUGUGAAAAAGCAUGAUUCCGAAAAAAGUCCUCCUCCUACCACCUGCACUCUGAAAGUGUCAGACUCUGUGUACGAGGAACCUGAAUAUGAUGUACCUGCGGUUGGAUAUGAUGGUGAAUCCGACACUGAUUCUCUCAAAGAUGAACGCUCCUUGAAUGUGAAGUUCAGCAGUGCAGUCGGCAACAAGUUUUCCCCACCCUCAAAUAAAGCCUCCCCUCCUGUGUGCAAAGAAUUGCCGAUUUUCAGCCAUCAAAGGGCCUCACUUAGAUCUGACCAAAAAGUUGCUAAAAAGGAAUGCAUCUACGAGAAUGACGUUUGUCGACCUACUAGUGGCACUGAAGGAAGGACAGCCAAAGUGUCCAGUGAACCCAACUCUCCAAGAAGCUACCAUUCCUCUACAGUACCUCGCAAACUUUCUGGAUCUUCACCGUUGCCUGGUCGACUUUCUAAAAUCGUAACCCCAGAGAUAAAUAGGAGAAGCCAGACUCUUGAUAGACGCACAGACAUCAACCGACGCUCUCGGGAGAACAGUCCACACUCCUCAUCAGAUGAAUCAAAAGGCACAAGCCUCAGCCGGGAUGUGGAGCAGAGAAUAGGACAAAGCCCUUCUACAAGACCAAAGCCUUCUGUCAGACCUAAACCUCUCCUGACUAAAUCAGAGCCUCAGAGAACCGAAAGGAUGGACAUCAGCUCCUUGAGACGGCAGCUGAGACCCACAGGUCAGUUGCGACAUGGCCCCAAGCCUUCUCGAGGUGGAGAUUCUGAAAUUGCCUCUGUUAUUCCAUCCGAGGAAUCAAUGACUUUGCGCACUACAUCGGAUCUUUCGUCUGUAUACCCAAAAGAAGUCCAUGGAGAAUCUGACCAAAAGGGUUCAUGUUUGUACCGCUCCCUGGAUGCCUACAAGAAGGUACAAGAGUCUGAGAUCAGCUUUUCAGCUGGAGUGGAAGUUGAAGUUCUGGAGAAACAAGAAAGCGGCUGGUGGUAUAUGCGCUGGGGCUCUGAGGAAGGUUGGGCUCCCUCAUACUUUCUGGAGCCUGUUAAGAGAGUGGUGGCUACUGCAAGGCUUGAAUCGGGUACUAGUGGCAAAAGAAAGUCCAAUAGCCUUGAGAAAAAUGAAAAGCAAGUUAUGGCUCGAAAUAACAUCAAUAUUCAAGGUCUGACCCAGCAGCAUCAAGGAUUGAGGAGGAACACUCCGCCUAUUCCUUCCAAGCCUCCUGGUGGCUUCUCAAAGCCGUCGGGGAUUGUUAACGGGGGCGUGCGGAUGAGGAAUGGUGUACGUCAAGUAGCAGUUAGGCCUCAGUCUGUAUUUGUGACCUCGACACAGCCAGCUAAAGAUACACAUUACAUGACUGGCUCUCUAAGACGAAAUGAGUCACUUGGCAGAAGUGAUCACUACGGCUCUGGUUCUGCCACACUUGGCGUUCGCCGAAAUGCCUCCUUCAGCACGGUGCGACCGCAUGUGGUGGUGGAAAGUCAGGCAAGACCCGCCGAGCGCUCCAACCUGGGUUCCUCAGUGAGUGGAUUCGGCUCAAGCAAUGCACAGGAUUCCCUAGGCAGAUUUAGCCAGCGCAACGGUAUCCCAAUGUCUGCAGUUCGUCCCAAACCCAUAGAGAAGAGCCAGCUGAUCCAAAAUAACCUUGGCAGAGAUGUGUAUGUGUCCAUAGCGGACUACCGUGGUGAUGAGGAGACUAUGGGAUUUGCUGAGGGCACCAGUCUGGAGGUCUUGGAGAGAAACCCCAAUGGUUGGUGGUACUGCCAGGUACAGGAUAGCUUGAUGCCCCGCAAGGGCUGGGUCCCAUCGAACUACCUUGAACGGAAAAAAUAAAAGCCAUCUACAUUUGAUCUUCAUCUAACCAAGAACCUUUCUAUUUGAUGUCUCUGGGAUGACAGGACGCAUCAUUCCUCAAGAACGUUAUCCACAAGCAAUACGUCCUUGAAAACCGGCAACUCUGAAAAGACGUUUUUUUGUCUCAUAAAGAGGACAGUUUAAAUGCUGGUUUACUGAAAAAAAAAAGUGUACAAAGAGUCUGACGUAUUUCAUUGGGGAGGUAAAUAGAAAAGAAGGGUUGGACGUAUUUGACGAGGACCACGAUGUUCCAAUUCAAAAACAUGGUGUGAAUGGGAGCCUCUCAAAGGGUUUUUCUAUUGUUUCAUCACCGGUGUGAUGAGUGAUAAGUGCCUUUUGUAUCACCUAAAUGGAAGUACAGUAGGUACUAGUACUACAAGGUGGAAAGAAAACUGUAACAUCAACCAAAUCUUGUAAAUGUGCCAUACAACUAUGAACACCACCGAGAAUCAUUCAGAACCCUUUAGUGGCUCCAAGAGGAAGUAACGGAAAGUUCUAUAAUCGGUCCAAGACUCAAAAGAUUCAACACUUUAGCUUUCACCCAUGAGGCGAAGACACAUGAUUAUUGUUUGUUUUCAACAUCUUUGGUUGAUGUCUUCUUUAGAUAAUAAUUUCUGCUUUCUUGGGACAUCUGUUAUCAGACAACUGCUUAAAAGUACAAAAGUAAAAGCUCCUUGAUCAGUCGACCAUUUUAGCGACAGUUUCCUUCAACUUGGGUUUCCAGUACAUUUUAAAAAGCAAAACAACAACAAAUACCAGUGAAUCAGAUGUGAGGUGAAGUUAAUUAUAUUUUAUAUAGUGCUUUUUCUCUAGUGACUCAAAGCGCUUUACAUAGUGAAACCUAAUAUCAAAUUUUUACAUUUAAAUCAGUGUGGGUGGCACUGGGAGCAGGUGGGUAAAGUGUCUUGCCCAAGGACACAACGGCAGUGUCUACGAUGGCGGAGGCGGGGAUCGAACCUGCAACUCUCAAGUUGCUGGCACCGCCGCUCUACCAACCGAGCUAUACCGGUUAUUUUAUUGCAGUACAUGAAUCUUUUUUCUUUUUCCAUAUGAUAAAACUGCUGUUACGUUAAUGCAUUGAUAAAUAAGACCUAGUACAUCUGUGAAAAUGGCACCCUUUUAGUUUAUUUAUCACACAAUGUGAUUAAAAUAAUUUAUUUAUGGUACCAACGUGCAGUGGUACCUCAGGGUAUGAGUAUCCAAGCUCACAAGUUUUUGAGAUACGAGCUCUCUCUCUUAAUGGUUCUACCUUAGAUUGCAAGCAAAAAUCUGGGUUACGAGCCUCCGCACUGCUAGUUGAUGCUGUGAAUGUCACAGUGAACCCCGAAAGAUCCGACCAAACCUCUCGGUUUUACCCGCUAGCAGUAGCUUGGACAUAAAGAUGUGGAUGAAAAAUAUAAAUGCUCAGCAAACAUGUGCGAGCUUGUUGCUUAACAGUGCUAAUCUGGACCUUACUGAAGCAAAAUAAGUUGAAAACGCCAACCAAAGAUGUUGAAAUGAUAUCUUAAUGGCGGACAUUUAUCCAUGAAAAUAAGGAACAGUUGCUGAUGGUGAUGGAGAAGCAGUGAACGAUACCGCAGAAGUAAACUUUCCAAGAUAAAUGAUCUACAUUACUUCUUAAAAUCACUGUAGUUGUUUGUAUUACGUUCUAUUGCAUGGUUUUUCAUACAAUAUUUAUUAUUUGAAAGUUCAGGUUUCUCUUUAAAAGGUGUUCUACUUGUUAAUAUGGUGCUGUUUUGGGGGAGGGGAUGGGAUUUCAAUUUAUUUCAAUGGGCCGCGCUAUAUCGCAACAAGUUUUUUGAGGUACAAACCGUGUCAUAGAACCAACUCAACUGGUAUCCUAAGGUACCACUGCACAUCCAAUAGGGUUUUUGGACGAUAGAAAAUGGAAAACCUGGACUUACAGGGAAUCAUUUACGGCAAUCCUGAAAUAAAAGGUACAUAAUUGUUAUCCUUUUAGUUUACCUGCAUCUUAACCAUUCGGUAAAAGUUUACAUUUCAAAUAAUCCUAAUAAUACAAUCAAAACUGGACAUGAAAUUACAAUGUUCCAGUUUCUACAGUCGGGUUUCAAAGCAUUAAAAAAACUAACCAAAACAUAGCUGAUGUUCAAGACUGCUGAAAUAUAUUUUCUAAUGAACUUUGCUAUUUUAGUAAUAUGUCUGUCUGCUGGACGGGGUUAUGAAAAACACAGUUCAGUUUUUUUUUGUGUUUUUUUUUGGCAAAGUGUUGUUUUUCUAUGUUAAUUUAAAUGUGAUAGCACAGUUACAAUGACGAGGAACGAAGUGAUUCAGUUGUGUGACAGUAAUUGGUGCACUUUGAAACCUUUUACUGAUUACAUUAAAGAUGCAGUAAACACCCAGCAUGGUAUUUAUGGUUUUAAUUAAUCAAGUUUUCACUUCAAUUGACACAAGCUUCAUUUUGAGACUGGAAACGUUCAACAGAGAACUCUUGUGGAUGUAAAAAGAUACUGCACCUUUUUAUUUUUUUCCAUUACAAUCAUUAAUAUUAUUAUCCACAUAAUUAACAGCCAGUCUGCCACAGUGCAAUAAGAAAUGCACUGCUGGUCAGUGAGUCUAAUCCCAAAAAUGCACUUUGUUAUUUUUAUUUUAUCUUUUGUUGAACCAAAGAGCAGCUAAAAUGUCUUGUGUGUUUUUAUGUAGCACGCAUUUGUGAACAUCUUUCCAAAGUCCAUUUAUGUCUCAUUCUGCAACUUGAGCAGAUAAUGGGCACUUCCUUCUUCUUUAUUGUAAUUUACAUAAUGCCGGAUUAAAGUAUAUUUAUUUGUGUAUGUUCAACGUCAUUGAAAUAAGAUUGUGUCACAUUAAUUGACGUUGAAAUUUUGGGGGUUUUUUUGGCCAUGGUGCCACUCGACAAAGGCAUUAUGUAAAUGUGUGUCACUCUUUUAAUCGUAACCCAAGCACAUACUAUAUUUUGCUUAGUGACUCAAACUAGCAAGGGAAUAGAUUCGGUUCAUUUUAGUCGUGUGUCCAUCAUGCAGGGUUUUUUUGUGUUUAAUUUUGGUACAAGUUUCUGCCUGAGAGAAAAUGUGCAAUAAUUAUGUUGAGUAUUUUAGCAAAAGGCCCGAGAGGGAUAAGCGGUAGAAAAUGUAAUCAUAUUAAAAUUACGGCCUCGACAAAGGUUGGUACAGGUGGUCCUCGGUUUGUCUUCAUAUAUUAUCUCAGUCAACGCAUAACUUGUCAUCCCCAACUACAGCUUCACAUUAAACCUUAAACUUAUGCAAAUACAAGCCUUUUUUUUCAAAUGUUGACUAUCAUUCACAAUCAUUGUGAGACAAGCACAAAUAUUUUUUUUGUAUGCAUUCUAAAUAGUAAAUAAUAGCAGACAGAGGUCUAUUCCGCCUAUAAAGCGCUGUAAAAAACAUCCAUUCAACCUCCCAACGUUUUAUAUAAAUGCUGUAAGCAUAUAUAUUAUGGAGUAACGGCACAUUGAUAUUAUUAGUUACAUAUUUGUAUGCAUUCUAAAUAGUAAAUAAUAGCAAACGGAGGUCUAUUCCGCCUAUAAAGCGCUCUACAAAACAUACAUAAGACCUCCAAUGUUUUAUAUAAAUGUAAGUAUAUAUAUUAUGUAGUAACAGGCACGUUCAUAACACUUAAUAGUUAUGUAUUUUAAUGCAUUCUAAAUAGUAAAUAAUAGCAAACGGAGGUCUAUUCCGCCUAUAAAGUGCUGUAAAAAAGACCCAAAGACCUCCAAUGUUUUAUAUAAAUGCUGUAAGCAUAUUACGUAGUAACAGGCACAUUCAUAAUAACAAGUAAUAGUUAGGUAUUUGUAUUAGUAAUAGCAAACGUUGGAGGUCUAUUCCGCCUAUAAAGCGCUUCAAAAACAUCCAUUAGACCUCCAUCAACAUUUUAUGUAAAUGCUGUAAGCAUAUAUAUUAUGUAGCAACAGGCACGUUCAUAAUAACACAUAAUAGUUAUGUGUUUGUAUGCAUUCUAAAUAAUAAAUAGCAAACGGAGGUCUAUCCCACCUAUAAAGGAUUCUAAAAAACAUCCAUAAGACCUCCAUCAACGUUUCAUAUAAAUGCUGUAAGCAUAUAUAUCAUGUAAUAACAGGCACGUUCAUAGUAACACAAUAGCUACAUAUUUGUAUGCAUUCUAAAUAGUAAAUAAUAGCAAACGUUGGAGGUCUAUUCCGCCUAUAAAGCGCUCUAAAAAACAUCCAUAAGACAGCCAUCAACGUUUUAUAUGAAUGCCGUAAGCAUAUAUAUUAUAUAGUAACAGGCACGUUCAUAAUAACACAUAAUAGUUACGUAUUUGUAUGCAUUCUAAAUAGUAAAUAAUAGCAAACGGAGGUUUAUUACGCCUAAAUAGCGCUCUAACGAACAUAAGACCUCCAACGUUUUAUAUAUUUGCUGUAAGCAUAUAUAUUAUGUAGUAACAGGCACGUUCAUAAUAACACAUAAUAGUUACGUAUUUCUUAAUUUUAAGCAUACGACGUCGUAUUCAUUUCACAGACGCAACACGAUGUUUGCUAAUGACCUCAACAACAUGAAUGUGACUAAUCAUUGCAGACUUCAUGAGGUACAUCAAAGACUACUUUGGGACUAAUAAUGAUCCACAAAAUUGUUUAGCUUUAAUAUAAGGAGGAAGCUUUAAUAUAAGGAGGAUAAGCUGCAAGUUUUAGAAGCUGAGUGCUACUUAGAUCCAGCUUUAGUAAAACACAAAGCAUCAUAUGGCAGUAUUUUUUAAGUACUAAGCAAAUACUACGAACAUAAUAAAAUAAUCACUUACAGAAUAAUGUCUGCUCUCACUUAAAUGCAGACUGAUAAGAGAUUUUUAUAUCAUCCCGUGUAGAUGAAUAAUUAAUCAUCUUUGUUGCGGUCUCUUAAAUGUCAGAGUUGGCAAACGUCUUGGUUUAUGGCCACAAGCUUCUACUAGACAAGUGACAGACGUGAUUUAUAAUCUGAAAAUAACUUUCACCAAACUCAGACGGUGCAGCAGCUCAGUAUACAGUACAUGCCAAAAGUUUGGAUACCCCUUCUCACUCAAUGCAUUUUCUUUAUUUUCAUGACUAUUUAUAUUGUAGAUUGUCACUGAAGGCAUCAGAACUACAAAUGAACACAUGUGGAGCAUGUACUUAACAAAAAAAACAUGUUUUAUAUUCUAGUUUCUUCAAAAUAGCCACCCUUUGCUCUGAUUACCGCUUUGCACUCUCUCGGCAUUCUCUCAAUGAGCUUCAAUGGUUUUCCAACAGUCUUGAACCUCUUGAAGCUCAUCGAGAGAAUGCCAAGAGUUUGCAAAGCAGUAAUCAGAGCGAAGGGUGGCUAGUUUGAAGAAACUAGAAUACAAAGGAUGUUUUCAGUUAUUUCACCUUUUUUUGUUAAUAAGUACAUAACUUCACGUGGGUUCAUUUAUAGUUUUGAUGCUUUCAGUGACAAUCUACAAUGUAAAUACCUUAUUUUUCAGACUGUCAGUUUUUUUCAUAGUUUGGCCAGGGGUGAGACUUAUGCUCUAGAGCGACUUAUGUGUGAAAUUAUUAACACAUUACCGUAAAAUAUAAAAUCAUUUAUCUAAUUCACGUAAGGGAUUAUGCUUAUAUCAGCAAUCCACACUGUAACACAACAUUAACACAGCAGAACAAAUACCCAGGACCCCUUGCAGCACUAACUCUUCUGGGACGCUACAAUAUACACCCCCCCACGCUACCCUAUAACCCCGUCCACCUCAACCUCCUGAUGCUCUCUCAGGGAGAGCAUGUCCCAAAUUCCAAGCUGCUGUAGUGAGGCAUUUACAAAAAAAAAAAAAUCACUUUGUGACUUCAAUAAUAAAUAUGUCAGUGCCAUGUUGGCAUUUUUUUCCAUAACUUGAGUUGAUUUAUUUUGUAAAACCUUGUUACAUUGUUUAAUGCAUCCAGCGGGGCAUCACAACAAAAUUAUGGAUAAUAACGUGUUAAUUCCACGACCGUAUACAUCGGUAUCGGUUGAUAUUGGAAUCGGUAAUUAAGAGUUGGACAAUAUCGGAAUAUCGGGGAAAAAAACCCAUUAUCGGACAUCCCUAGUUCUUAUGGUGGUACUUGGAGAGCCAAGUGUUUCUUUAGGUGGUACUUGGUGAGAAACUGUUAUAAUGAGUAGGUAAUUUUAAAGACUGAAAUCUGGCCUAAAAAACGCUGCACAUCUGCAUUCAUUCAUCCACCACAUGCACUUGAGUAGUUCUCGAGCAAGUCUCGUAUUUAUAGACCACAAUUAAGUUUUCAUUCAUUUGCAAGAGCAUAGUUAUAACUCGGCACUGUCAUAAUACGGGAUGACAAAACGAAGACCACCUGUAUUGCCAAUCCAAAAACCUUUUCCACUGGUUUUAAAGUAGGUCGUAAACGUGUUUGUGUGAAAAUCAAAACAUCAGGUUUUCAUGUAAAGUACAAAUCCAUGUUGACCGGAUCAAAGGAUGCGACAGCGCAUAUUGGUGCAGUAUGGUAGACUUUUGGACAGAACGACGAGAUAGAACAACCUCCCAUCUUUCCACUGUUGACAUUGCAGCCAUCUGGGUCUUCUUCAACGAUGGACAGUCGUGGUCUCAGUGGGCCUGCUCUCUCACUUUCGUGCCUAAAUGGAAUUUUGAUAUUCUCGUAUUUUAUCUUGUUUUUUGCUUCAUGGAUGUAUCGACGACUACGUUACCGUCGUGCGCUUAACGAUCCACGACAACGUUGUUAGCCGCAAGCCAUCAGCAGAGCAAAGCACCUUCAGCCCUUUCACAUCUGCAUUUGAAACUUUUUCCAUGUGGGAUCCCAAAAGAGGACAAUAACAUGUUCUUUUUGAUGUGAUGUUUUUUUGGAAGGCGUUUCUUACAAAUUGGUAUGAUAUUGUGAUAUUUACAAUAUUUGUCAUGUUCAUCUCAUGGAUCUCAUCCCUGUCAAAAGUUGAUUUCCUCCGAAGUCUGUAACCGAAAUAAAAUUACAGUGGGACCCGUUUAUGUUGACGCACCACAGACCGGUUGUCGUCGUCGACAUAAGCGGUUGUCGAUAUAACUGAAAGCAGCCAUUGCUUGCACAUUUACUUGGCGAUUUUUUGAUAAGAGGUUUCAGGAAAAUGGGUGAUAAUAAAAGAUUUUUUAAUCUGA